CGCCCUUCAAAUCCAUACGAUAUUGAACUUGCAAAAUAGCCUUUGCUGAGCUGGGCUCUCCGCAAUAAAUCCACAUACUCUAGGUUACCUAUCUCGAUUCAAACUUCGUCAAUAUCUCAUUAGCAAGAAACCACAGUUGAUACGAUAUGGAACGUGGCUCUCUCAUACGCGGCUGCUUGCUGCUCAUGCGUCUGCUCCAAUGGGCGAGCGCCGUGAUUAUCGUGGGAAUCGUCUCAUAUCUCAUCAACGAGGGUCCAAAAGGAGCGCAUUUGAUCUAUGAGGAAGUCAUUGCCGUGCUGUCUGUUGCUUUCUUCGUGCCAGGCCUCGUCUCACCAUUCGCCCCGGCAGUCGGCUGGCUCGCGUUCCCGAUUGAUCUCAUCUUCUCCUACCUCUGGUUGACCUCCUUUAUCUUUGCAUCCCAAGAUUACAGCGCCGGAGCUGUCUGUUCGGCUAAUGCUCCACCCGGACAAGGUUGUGCCAUCAAGCAUGCGUCUCAAUCUUUCAUCUUCAUCGCCUUCUUCUGUACUAUGUGCUCUGCGGCAAUGGAGAGUUGGAACCUCUGGACCUAUUACAACUCUUCCCGCUCAAACACUGGUGGUCAUUCUAAGGAGCUGCAUAGAGAAUCUGCCGAUACCGCUGUCACCGGAAAUGGCGGCCAAGCAGUGUAAAAGCAAGUUCUUCGUCCAAACGAAAAUACGCUCUUAUAUACCCCAUUUCCUGCGCGGUUAUUUAAACAAGAUUGCUUGGAUUUGCUUAUCAGGGAAAUUAGCCGUGCUGACUCUCCCCUCCAGCGUAUUCGACUCAAUUUGAUACUUACAGACGCAAAGCAAGAUUAUACCAUGUGCUUGAUUUGCUUAAUUUUUUGACGUUUCACUUCAUGUGUUAUUUCCUUUUUGAUCCCCAAGUGGUGAUGGUAAUACAAUAAUAAUAAUGAUGGUUGAGGAUGGUUGAGGAGCUUUUUGCAAGUUACCCUUAGCGAUUAUUUGCUCAAGUAUCUAGUAUAUCUACAUGUACGGAGUAUUUAUGUAACUUAUUUUGUCGCCUAAUAUGAAUGCCAUAUGGCAAGUAUUGUCAG